GCACGUGACCGCGGCGUUAUAAACGGAGGCCGCGGCGCCUCACUCCCUCCCUCCUUUCCUUCCCUUCCCCACUCCCUCCUUUCCUUCCUUCCCUCCCUCCUUCCUCUCCUCCUUUCUCACUCGCCUUACUCCAUCCGCGGCGACUAACUCACUCUCUCACGCACUCUCUCUCUCUCCCCCCGCUGCGGAGACUCAUUCCCUUCUCCUCCUCCUCCGCGGCGGGUGCGGGUGCGCGGCGACUCACUCACUCCCCUCCCCCCUCCCCCAUCCAUCCGCGAGCCCCUCCCACCCGCGGCGACUCACUCCCUCCCUCUCUAUUCCUCCUCCAUCCGCGGGCAACAUGGCGUCGUGUAGUCGUGGUGAUCCGUUGCCUAAAGUGCUGUGUCCAAACCAUCCAGAUGCCAUACUGGUUGAAGAUUACCGUGCUGGGGAUAUGAUCUGCCCUGAAUGUGGACUGGUUGUAGGUGAUCGAGUUAUAGAUGUUGGCUCAGAGUGGCGAACAUUUAGCAAUGACAAAGCAACAAAAGACCCAUCUCGUGUCGGUGAUGCCCAGAAUCCACUGCUAAAUGGUGGUGAUUUGUCAACUAUGAUCGGAAAGGGAACUGGAUCAGCGAGCUUUGACGAGUUUGGGAAUGCAAAAUACCAAAAUCGCCGGACGAUGAGUAGUUCUGACCGAGCAAUGAUGAAUGCAUUUAAGGAAAUCAGCAAUAUGUCUGACAGGAUCAAUCUGCCCAGAAAUAUAGUUGAUAGGACAAAUAAUUUAUUUAAGCAGGUAUAUGAACAAAAGAGUCUAAAGGGAAGAAGCAAUGAUGCCAUUGCAUCUGCCUGUUUGUAUAUUGCCUGUAGACAAGAAGGUGUGCCACGAACAUUCAAAGAAAUUUGCGCAGUGUCCAGAAUCCCAAAGAAGGAAAUAGGCCGCUGCUUCAAGCUGAUUCUGAAAGCUUUGGAAACCAGCGUGGACCUCAUCACCACAGGAGACUUUAUGUCCCGGUUCUGUUCAAACUUGGGAUUGCCUAAACAGGUUCAAAUGGCAGCCACGCACAUCGCAAGGAAGGCCGUGGAACUGGAUUUGGUGCCUGGUAGAAGCCCAAUCUCUGUGGCUGCAGCAGCAAUUUAUAUGGCAUCGCAAGCCUCCGCAGAUAAACGGACGCAGAAAGAAAUUGGAGACAUUGCCGGGGUGGCUGACGUCACCAUCCGGCAGUCCUACAGGCUCAUCUAUCCACGUGCCGCUGACCUUUUUCCUGCUGAAUUUAAAUUUGACACUCCAGUGGACAAGCUGCCCCAGUUGUAAUCUCAGCCACUCAGCACAAAAUGUACACAGUAAUUGUUUUAAAAUUUGAAAACCAAUCGUCAUUUCCCCCCUACAUUUGAAACCAGUUAAUAUUAAUUCUAAUUUUUGAAACCUGCUUGGGUGAAUAACUCGAGAACCAAUGAGGCUAUGUAACAGCUGAGGUUUAUGCUCUCCAAAUACAGCACAUACAUUCCCAGGCUGAAUUUCAAGACUGUUUCUACUUGCUAGAUAAUUUGUAUAUUUGCAAGUUAGGAAUUUCUACUUCAUAGAUCAUUACUUUGUAUAUAAUGUGCAAAAUGAGGAUUUUGUGCUGUCAACAGCUACUAACAGAUUGGCUCAUUGGCAGAAAUCUUUGGUCGAACUCCUAACUUGUAAUUUGUCAUAUCUAUAUUCAGGUCGGUUAGAUCCGUGUCUUCAAUAAAUGGACAUUUUCCUUUUGUUUUAAAAUCUACAUGGACUUCUUGAACUUUACAUUUGGUAUUUAUUGUUGAGGAUUGGUUGCUAAGCUUAAAAAAAAAAAGAUUGCACUUAACAUCAGCUUAGUUUCAAGUUUUGGGAAAAAACCUGUAGCCUGUUUAGUUUAACCUAUGUAUUGAACUGCAUUUGAUUUCUGUUUUGUUGCGAGAUUCUAACUGCAAGGAAACUUGCACUGAAGUAAGUGUGCAGUAUUUGUGUCCAUGAGACCAUAAAUCGAUUAUUUUUGAAGGGGAGAUUUGUCAUGUAUUGGUUUUACUGAAAAAAAUAUGGUGUAUUUGUAUAGAAAGUAAUCAAAUGGUUAAUAUUGAGGGAUCAAUUUCCAAAGCAGCAGCUCCAUUUUACAUCAGUGUUAUAUGAAAGGUAUACAUAUUGCUCAAAGUUCCUUUAAACCAACUUAAUUUGACCAUUAAAGUAGGAGUUAAUGAAAUCUAGAUGGCUUUUUGCGAAUGUACAGAGAAAUGAAUUAAAAAAAAACAAAUCUAACUUUGUUUCAUAAAACUA